AUGAAGAAUAGACAAGAGCCUAUAAAACCUCCGUCUCCAAAAAGAACAGUUAUUGUGAUAAGCGGGAGAGAAGAGGUCAAUGGUGUGACAUAUACAGCUGAAAAAAAGACGUCAAAAGUCACAGUUACCCAUGGGAAGCGAAUUCUCUAUGUUUUGGAAGAAGACAGUAGCUCCGUAAAUAUUAUUCUUCUAAGAGUGGUAAAAGAGAUGCAAGCUGAUGACAAGAUGGUGCCGAAAGCACGUACCUUAUCUAGGUUUGAUAAUUCAAGCAUUGUCACAAAUGGGGAAAUAGUGCUUACCAUAUUUGCAGAAGGAGUUAUCAAGGAUACAAAAUUCCAGGUGAUAGAUACGGACAUGGCUCAUAAUAUGAUUCUUGGCAGGCCAUGGAUUCAUGAUAUGGAUGUUGUACCAUCUACAUUACAUCAAGUUAUUAAGUUUCCCUCGCAAUGGGGGAUUCGACAAAUACGUGGAGAUCAACAGGCUUCUAAAAGUAUCAACUCAGUUGCGGAUUCAAGCACAGUAAAAGAUGAUGCAAAUAAGAAAUAA